AUUGUAAUAUGUCAUAGCUCUGAUAAUGCAUUUCUCUCACUUAUUAUAUAUAACAUACGGUUAACUGCAAUGAGUUAGGUGUAAUGGAAAUUAUUCUUCACACAAAGAGACCAUUCUGUUCAUGCAGUCCUCCAUUGUUAAUCAGAGAGUAAAGUUCCUAAUUUAAUCUCUUUCCCCUUUACAACCACAAGUAUCCAACACCAAAAAUAGCAAGAGCAUGCAGUUAGGUUGGUGGAAUGAAUCUGUCCGUAGGUCCCACACCAUGCAUGCCUUUUGAACAGCGGUUAUCGCUUCCCAGUGGAAACAACACAAACAUCAAAAGGUGGCUGCAGGACAGAUAAAUGCUGCCGUUGUCCUUUCAAGUCCCCUUGAAGCAGAGGCCACAAACAGGUCAGAAAUGACCAAGCCACCCAACUGAGUCCACCCAACUGAGUCCAACGUCAGUCUGCUUGCCUCGUGACAGUUCAAUUUAGAUCCUUAAGAUACGUUGCAUAAACACAUUUAAACAUGAAAGCGUUUGCAUAAAUACUUCAUACUUUUCUUCCCCGGCCUAAUCCACAAAUCAGACUAAACUACAUUCCUGCAUCCUUAUUGAAUCUCCCUGCCUGGCUGUUUCCUCCUGUAGAGAGUUAAAUUACCCCUGACUGACUCUGGGGAGAGAUGCAGAUUCCCCAUGCCUCAUUUCCAUCCUCAUCUAACAGUCAGAUCUUGCACCCCUGCACCCGUCCCUUGGAUGUCAACGGAAGCCCCUCUCCCCGCCUCUUGCUAGUAUAUUUGUCCUUGUGGGUCUGGAGGCUGCUGGUUUCCCUGUACUCCCUCCCAGAAGGCAGACAGCCAUCGUCAGGGCAAGGAAAGGCAAGGCAGGCACAGUGGGCGGCAAGGCAGGAUGCACACAACACAGGGUGCAAUCAACAGCUCUGAAAGGGCAUGAGGCACAUUCCAGGGGAAACGUCCAGUUUCCUGUCCGCUUGUCCGGUUCAGGGUCAAGAUUUGAGACUGCAGGUUUUCCGGCUGUAUUAGAGUUUUAGAGAUUUAGAGGAGAGUGUGGUGUGUGUCUGUCUGAGUCUGCCUUAGCGCGCCCUCUCUCUGUCUCAGUCUGAUUUAGAAGUUAGCAGAGUCAGAGUGGUGUGGUUCUCUCAUUGGGUUUAUUCAUGGAUCUCCUCAGGGAGAGCUCAGCAGUUCAGACCCUCAGGAGACGAAUGAGUAGGAGAAACAUGACUUCAGCAGAGAUCUCCUGGCCCAUCCCCAUGAGGGCCAUCGGGGCCCAGAACCUGCUCACCAUGCCAGGGGGUGUGUGCCACUCUGGGUAUGUGCACAAGAAAGGAGGGAGCCAGUUCAGCCUUAUGAAGUGGCCUCUUCGCUACUUAAUCAUCCACAAGGGAUGUGUGUAUUACUUCAAGAGCAGCACCAGUCCUGCACCGCAAGGAGCUUUCUCUCUCAAUGGCUACAACAGGGUGAUGAGGGCAGCAGAAGAGACCACCUCCAGUAACGUGUUUCCCUUCAAAAUUGUCCACUUCAGUAAGAAACACCGUACCUGGUACUUCUCAGCAGCCAGUGAGGAUGAGAGAAGGAAAUGGAUGCGAAAUCUGCGGAAAGAAAUUGAUCACUACAAUGACAGAAGGGAUUCACAUGUUCCAAGUGACUCAGAAUCUGAUGCAGACAGCUUCUAUGGAUCGAUCGAGCGCCCCAUGGACAUAACCCAUACCACAGAUGACCCAGAAGGCAAUUACAUGUUAGAGGAUGAAGACGACGAUGAGGAUGACUAUGAAAAACCAGAUAGCCCACCAACAUCUACAGGAAGGCCAACCGUUCCACCACCAUCCUACCCACCUCCUCCAGUCCCAUGCCAGUUCAGACAAGAGUCCAUGUCAGGAUUCUGCAAAGGUCUCCCCCCUCCCGUGCUCGGCCCCAUCAGGAGCCCCACCAGCCCCCUUCCAAAGAAACCGCCAGCGCCCUUACCUCCACCCAAGCUCGGUGAGGUCAGCCACAACCACCAUGGACACAAGGACAUCCCAAAUAAGGGCCCCCCUCAACCUCCUCCCACCCACCUCAAGCCUAGCCCAGAGAGGAGUGCAUGGAGUCCUAAGAGCCCGAUUCCCCCUCCCCCUCCCAUGGCCAACCUAAAGAAUCAGGCGAUGAUGGGGCACAUGUCAAUCUCCACCAUAGCUGGGGGGAAACAUAAAGACAGGAUGCCCCCUGUUCCAGUGACCAUGCAGUCUCCCCCCACCCUGAUCAUCUGCAGCGACCUGGAAAGGAAGAUGGUGCUGCACUCCAGCCCUAGUCCACCGGGUUUCCGUGGCAACAAACCCAGUCACAUUCCGAGCAUGCCAAACCACUGCCUCAGCUCCAGACCAGCUCCAGAUCUCCCACCACAGGCCUUGCCAGCACUGAACCACACCAAGCCUGGACUGUACAAACCACCCCUGGUACCCAAACUUCCAUGUCCUGCGGCCAAGCCUAAACCACCUGGAGGGUCAGCACAAAGAUCUUCUCCAGAUGGACAAAGCUUCCGGACCCCAGUGGACGAGGUGCCUGCCUCUUUAAGAAAGAGCAGGGAUCCAUCCAAGGACACUGACUAUGACUCUGAUGAAGACUAUGAGAAUAUGCAAUUACCAGAUUCCGUGUUCCUGGACACAACAGAAACAAGCAGUGUUGAAAAGUUAUUUAAGGAAAGCUCCAGAACACCACAGGACGGUCUCUACUGCUUCAGGAACUCAGGAACAAAAACAUCAAAGGUGCUGGUGGUGUGGGAUGUGAGUGUGUGCAAGGCCAGAAACUACAGGCUCUUUGAGGAGGACUCCCGGCUGUUCCUGGAGUUAGAGAUGACAUUUUCCUCCCUGUCAGCCCUAGUGGAGCACUACCAUAGCCACCCACUACCCAAUCACGGCUCUCUGUGUCUGCAGAAGCCAUAUGGUUACAUCGUGCCAAGGUGACCUUGCCAUGACCCCGUCCUGAGGUCACGGCCUCAUCUGCUCAUAUGAAGUCGCUCCUCUUUGGCGUCUACCAUUGUUCUGCCACUGUAAUGAACUACAGUAGAAACUUACCUCGGCUGAAACAGAACCACAGUGCCCACUGUAAAGCAAGGCAGAUUGUUGUAUCUCUGUAACCGAGCCUGAGUAAAUGUUGGAGCGGUUCUGGUGAAUAUCCUGGCAUGGGCAGAGGUGCAACGAGUGCAGAUGGUUGCAGUUGUUGAAGAAAAUAUGGCAUCUGUGACAAUGAGGGCAAUGAGCUGUAUAGGUCUUCCUGUAUGCUCAUCUGGAGCGCCACAGGUUUACAGAACACAGUUGUAUUAUGUGAGGACUACUGCAGGACUAGUGCUGUAAAGGUCUGUCAUUACACUUGAUAGCAGCAGGCAUGUGAACUGCUGUUGUGAAGAAUACAUGUUGGAGCAAGCAAAUGUUAAGAUUUGUGGGUUGAAUGCACAUGAAUGUCAGAAUAUUAAGCACUGCUUAUGUAUCAUGCAUUGAGGACCAACUUAUUUUAAAAAUCAAGUUGAUGAAACAUAUCAUAUUAUCUUCAGAAAAAUGUAUUAUUCCAACCACAAUGCAAACGCUCUACCUCUGUACCUCCCUAUUUACUAUUUUACCUCUGUCUCUUUCUCUCUACCUGUCUCUGUCCCUUAAUCUCUCUCUUUACUUCACCAUCUCUCUCUCUCUUCCUCUCCUCUCCCUCCCUCCCUCCCUCCCUCCCUCCCUCCCUCCCUCCCUCCCUCCCUCCCUCCCUCCCUCCCUCCAAUGCUUACAUUAUGAUAACUGUGAUAUAUGGUGCACAAAACUAGUGCUAUCUAUGAUCAUGUAAUCACACUUUAAAUGAAACUACCCACACGUGUAGUAUUUCACUGUAUAGAAUUGUAUGUAUUGUAAAAAUCAUUUUGUAAAGUUGUAUAUAUAUUAUUUCUGAUUAUAAGAAAAAUAUUUUAUAAUGGAUAACUGGAUAACAGCAGAAGGCAGAUAUAUAUACUGCUCAAAAAAAUAAAGGGAACACUUAAACAA